CCUCCCCGAGACAGGAACCUCGCAGGAGUGUCCCUCCGGCCAGCCUGCGGACGGGGCUUGCAACAGGCGGCUGCAACCUGUUUACACCUCGGCUGGGGAACUCCCCUCCCCUCCCCAGUAACUGGGGGGAAAGCCCCAAUUCCCUGGCUAUUCUUGCGUAUAAGCGCCGCUGCAUCAAAGCAAUACGUGUCAACAGGGAAAAGCCCGGCUGUCGCCGCUGCGGCUGUUGCAACAGGACUAAUCCAAGCUCAAUUAUUCCCGACCGCCUCGGUGUCCUUCUCGCAAUGCCGGCCGUCGACAAACUUCGCCUGGACGAGGCUUUGCAGGAUAGUCCGCAGACUCGUUCGUUGCUGAGUGUUUUUGAAGAAGAUGCAGGAACGCUUACAGACUACACCAACCAGUUGCUUCAAGCAAUGCAGCGGGUUUACGGGGCUCAGAAUGAAAUGUGUCUGGCAACACAGCAGCUCUCCAAGCACCUUCUAGCCUAUGAGAAACAGAACUUUGCCCUGGGUAAAGGAGAUGAAGAAAUGAUCUUUACUCUUCAGUACUUCUCAAAAGUUGUGGAUGAGCUUAACAUUCUGCAUACUGAAUUGGCCAAACAGCUUGCAGACACCAUGGUUCUCCCCAUCAUCCAGUUUCGGGAAAAAGAUCUUACAGAAGUCAGCACUCUGAAGGAUCUCUUUGGCCUUGCUAGCAACGAGCAUGAUGUCUCCAUGGCAAAGUACAGCAGGUUACCUAAAAAGAGAGAAAAUGAGAAGCUGAAGGCAGAAGUAGCCAAAGAAGUGGCCGGUGCCCGGAGGAAGCAACAUCUCUCAUCACUCCAGUAUUAUUGUGCCUUGAAUGCUUUACAGUACCGCAAAAGAGUAGCCAUGAUGGAGCCCAUGCUGGGAUACACCCGCUCACAGAUUAAUUUUUUUAAGAAGGGAGCAGAGAUGUUUUCCAAAAAGAUGGACAGCUUUUUAUCGUCUGUUUCAAGCAUGGUUGACAGCGUUCAGGAAGAAUUGGAUGCUGAGGCUGAAGCUAUGCGGAUAUCUCAGCAGGACCUCCUUUCUGGGAACGAAUCAGUUUACACGCCUGAUUUUGAUGUGGCCUCUCCUGUCAUUAACAGGAACCUUAUUCAGAAGGCAGGCUACCUUAACCUUAGAAAUAAAACCGGCUUGGUGACUACAACGUGGGACAGAUUGUACUUCUUCACCCAAGGUGGAAACCUGAUGUGCCAGCCCAGGGGAGCUGUUGCAGGAGGACUGAUCCAAGAUCUGGACAACUGCUCUGUCAUGGCUGUCGACUGUGAAGACCGGCGAUACUGCUUUCAGAUUACUACGCCCACAGGCAAACCAGGCAUAACUCUUCAGGCAGAGGGCAAGAAAGAAUAUGAGGAGUGGAUAUGUGCAAUCAACAACAUCUCACGACAGAUCUAUCUCACCGACAAUCCUGAAGCAGUGGCCAUCAAAUUGAAUCAGACGGCAUUACAGGCCGUGACCCCGAUCACAAGUUUUGGGAAAAAGCAGGAGCAUCUAUGUCCCAGCCAGGAUGUGAAGCACGUGGAGAUACAGAAUGACCGAAUGGUCCCUGAUGAACCUGCCAGCAUUCCAGACUCAGCUGAGCUUAUUGCACCUGGGACGCCAAUUCAGUUUGAUAUUGUGCUCCCUGCCAUGGAGUUCCUAGAUCAGAACAGGGGAGGCAGGCGCACAAACCCUUUUGGAGAGUCUGAAGAUGGCCAGAAGGAGGAUGAGGAAGAUUCGCUCUUGCAGCAGAUGUUUGUCGUUCGCUUUCAAGGGUCUAUGGCUGUCAAAUCAGAUCAUACCAUUGAAGUGAUCUACGAAGCAAUGAGGCAGGUGCUGGCAGCUCGGGCCAUUCACAACAUUUUCCGCACGACAGAAUCCCACCUCAUGGUCACCAGUCAUGACCUGAAAUUAAUAGAUCCUCAAACCCAAGUUAUAAGAACAAGUUUUGAACUUGCUAGGGUGACACAGUUUGCUGCCCAUCAAGAGAACAAGAGGCUUCUUGGGUUUGUGGUUUGUGAUGCUGAAUCUGCAGGUGAAAAUUCCAAGAGUGCCUAUGUCUUUGAGAGCAACACGGAAAGUGAAAAGAUUUGCUAUGCAAUAAGCCUAGGAAAGGAAAUCAUUGAGGCACGUAAGGAUCCAGAAGCACUAGCUCAAUUAAUGUCAUCCAUGCCCUUGACCAAUGAUGGAAAAUUCAAGCUACAGAAUGACCAGUCGGAAGACGCUGCUGUGCAUAGAGACGAGCAGGAAGAAUCUGAAGCAUAAGUUGAAAUUUAGGGGAUUUGACGUUGCACAUAAUAGGUCAAAUUCUGUGCUCUCAGUUGUGAUCCAACGUGUGUUCCUCUUGGUGACAGACUAGGAAGAGAACUGGGGCAUACAUUUUUGGUGUGGUGACAAUCUUUGAAGUUCCUCCUCCAAUCUGCAUCAAGUCACCUGCUAGCAUUUAGGACAGCUUGAUGGCUAACCAGCAACAUUUUUAAUGCAAGUCAUACAUACUUUGUGGGACUGUUCUUAAGAUCCUGAACCACCACCUUGUUGCCCCGUUUUAUUUUUUUAGGAAGCAGACCUGAAAGUCCAGCUACUUUGAAUUUCCUGCUGUAAUCGGGAGUACACUCCUUGCAUUGAUCGUAUUCAGACAGCAUAAUUUUGUAAUCCAUAUAAGUUAUGUAAAUGUACAUUUCUGCUUAUGGUAGUCGGGGGAGGCUCAAAUUUCACCCCCUGCCAGCACUGUUUCUAAAACUUAACCAAGUUUUACACCCAACCGUUCAAUCUGAUCUUCUGAUUCACAAGCGAAAGAGAUUGGAGGGUCUCAGAAAGCUGAAUGCUGCACUCAGUAGCAUAUCUGGAAUAUACAGUGCUCAAAAGAAAUUCUUUAUUUUCCACAGUCUAGUCCUGUAUCAUAGCAGGGAUUGUUUAAUUCCAUGUGAAGUUGUUUUAGGGUCUGGAGUACUUUUAAAAGUAUAACACUAUUUUGUGCUAGGCUGUUUACAAAACUAUUUGAUAAACACUUUUCCUAUUAAUAUCUAUUUUUAUACUGUAGCUGGAGUAAGCUUUUAAUAUUAAUCCAAGUGCCUACUAUUUUUGUGGGGACCAUAUUUGUACACUCCGUGAAGCAGGCACUUCAGCCUUGAUAGCUGACGAGUGGACCAGAUGCUAUGCAUUGUCCUAUGAAGAGGUUUUGGUAGUUGCUCCCCUGGCAUGAGAGGCUUUUUAUGGGGGGGAGGGGGGGAGAGGAGGAGAGAGAUGGCAGCAAACAGAUUGUCAGAACCAGAAGUGUGUCUGGUGGGGGUCGGUGGGAUUAAGUAACAAAUAUUCGUUCCCCAAUUUAACUGAAAGGUUGAAGAAAAUAGCAUUCUGCACUGAGCCAGGAAAGCACGGUCUGGGGAAACUUGUUUUUUUUAGAAGACAAAACAUAAUCUUGUGUGCAGUUUAACAUUAAUGUUCAUGGAUCAGCACAGAAUUGGGAAGCAGCAGAAAUAAAACACUUUCUAGUCAAUUUCAAAUGUAAGUGACAGGCAAGAACAGAAACGGCUAUAAUAAGGAAGUUCACAUUAUUUUCUCUGUGAAUGUUUUAUAAGUAAAUGUUUUAAAGUUAAAAGCAAAGCCUUCAUCUUGCAAAACAAAUGUUUAGUGAUAAUUCUAGAUUAAAAUCUUAUUUGAACUAUG